AUGCACGGGGGUCUCUUCAGCGAGGACGGCGUCACCCUCGACGACAUCCGGAAGAUUGAAAGGAACCGACAACCCCCCGACUCAGGUCCCAUGUGUGACCUACUCUGGUCCGACCCACAACCCCAGAACGGUCGCUCUGUCAGCAAACGUGGGGUCAGCUGCCAGUUUGGUCCCGAUGUCACCAAGAGCUUCUUGGAGCGGAACCGGCUGGAGUACAUCAUCCGCAGCCACGAGGUCAAGCCCGAGGGCUACGAGGUGGCCCACGAUGGCAAGUGUGUCACCGUCUUCUCCGCCCCCAACUACUG